CAGGAAACAGAUUUGUAUUUCUGAAUUAGCGCUACAAUUCUCAGUGCUAUGCUUGAGGACAGAUAUUUCUAAAUUUCGUUACAAUGGAUAUUUUUAUUGGUCGUACAUUAUCCAAAACACGGAUAUUAUCUGCGUGUUGUUUAAUCAUCAUUUCGAUUUCGACAAUACACAGUAAUAUAUUAGACAAAUGCAGCAUUUCUCAGAGUCGUUUAGCACGUUCCAUCUUAAAUGAGAAAAGAUUGUUUUCCCACUAUUUAAAUAUACAGGUGUUGUUAUGAACGAACUAUGCCCUUUUCAUCCCAAACAUGAUAUUUAUGCUAUUCAUGAACAAAUGAAAAAUAAAAUUUCUGAUUAUGAUUGGGAAUGUCAAAUGUGUGGUAAACGAUUCUACACAGAAAAUACAUUUGAUUUACAUAUUGGCAAUAGACAUGAAACAAAUGCUUAUAGUACCAGUCGUACAAUUUGUUUAUCGUCCUAUUGUUCGUUACUUCGUUGUUCUGUACUAAAACCAGAUAUUGAUUAUGGUUAUCAAGUGUUUUGGGAUGAAGCAUUAUGUGAUCCCAAGUCGUUUGAAGCUAUUUCAAAACAAUGUGAGGAUAUCUUGAAUAAAUGUACACCAUCUGGAAAUGACAGUAGCAGUACACAAAUACGUCAACUACUUCAAACUACAUUAUGUGAUCAGUUAUCUUGUGAUCGAUAUUGGAUUUUACCAGAUUCACAUAUUCAGACUUCUGUAUGGGAAAAAUUACUCACUGCAUUUAUCGUAACAUCUGGUUUAUUGACUUAUUAUUCUGUAAUAUUUAUGAGAUUAAGUUCAUCGUUCUGUCGUUUACGUAUUUCCAGUCUUUCUAUUCCACGAAGCAGUAAAAAAGCAUUUCGAUCCUAUUACUGACAAAUAAUAAAAUGUGAUCAUGAAUAUCUCUACACUAAAUGACUGAUUUCGGUAAUCAAAAAAAAAAUAAAAUGUUGUACAGUUUACAAAAUAAAUUCCGUUUUUAUUUUGAUUAUAACAAUCUGGUAUUUCUUCGUUGGUGGUAUUUUGUGAUUUGAUUUUCGUGAAUUCGAAUCUUGAUAAAUAAAUAAGUGGUUCAUGUGUUA